GGACUGUCCAAGUCUGUUUCAAGUCUUAUUUAUCUAUUUAUUUUGUGUUUGAAAAUCUGAAGAGGAACAUUAAAGGUCUCGUUUGGAGUCGUCGUCAAAGCUGGGGCUGAUUUUGAAAUCACCAGAAUCAGGUGAAGAUGCGCUCCAGAGCUCGUGAGUCGUUGGAGGAGGGACUGGACCCGGGUCCACCUCAGACCGACAAAGUCCAGAUCAGAUCCCAGUCCAGUCCGUACCUGAUCCAGUCCGAGUCUAGUCCAGACACGGUCCAGUCCAGGCCUAGUCCAGACACGGUCCAGUCCAGGUCUAGUCCAGUCCUGAGCCGGAGGAGGGACUCAGAGGAGAAAAAGGAAAACAGAACCUCCAGAAAAUCCAAAACAUCUGGACCCAAGAAGAACCUGAUCCCAGAGCUGAGCCCCAAAGACCUGCUGCACCUGCUGGGAAUCAUGGAGGGAGAGGUCCAGGCCCGUGAUGACAUCAUCGCGCUCCUCCACUCGCAGCGCUCCGGCCCCGAGGCUCUGGAGGCUCAGUACGGCUCCGCUGCCCCCUGCAGGCCGCUGCAGGCACUGCACAGAGACACACUGUACACACACGAGCGCGACACGAAGAGGGACGACGUGUACGAGACGCCCAUGGCAGAGUUGGAUCAUCUGGAGGUGAAGCAGAGGGAGACGUACAGGAGGAUGUUGGAGCAGCUGUUGUUGGUGGAGAAACUUCACAGACGAACAGUUUCAGAACUCGACUCGGAGAAACUCAAACACCGAGAGUUUAUCACCAAGAGCGACGACUUCACCAACCUGCUGGAACAAGACCGAGUCAGACUGAAGCGUCUGGUGGAGCAGGAGAAGUUGUACCAGUCUCACAAAGACAAAGAGCACCGCCGACAGCUGGACAAACUCAAGUCUGAACUGAUGCAGCUCCGCUCCUUCGUCCUUCUGCUGGUGGACGACCGGCAGAAGCACGUGGAGCAAACCGACCAGCAGAACCAGAAGAUACAAGACCUGAGCCUCAAACUGCAGCAGCGAGAGGAGCGCGUCGCCGCCUUAAACCAGAAAACCCAAGAAGACGCCCACACCAUCCUCAAAAUGGAGGCCGAGCUCGAGCAGAAAUCGGCGAAACUUUUAAACGAACAAGAAGACAUGACCAACAAACUCCUGGCGCAAGACUCACAAAUGCGGCAGCUUCGACUCAAACUGGUCUCGCUCGCCAACAAGAUCGAGGAGCUGGAGGAGAGAAACAAAGUCCUGCAGAAGUCUGAAAACGACCUGAAGGAACUGACAGAGAAAAUCAGCAAAAACGAAAACCCAAAUUUGGUUUCGGAGUUGGAAAGUUUGCGGAAAAAGGUCCUGGAGAUGGAAGGGAAGGACGAGGAGCUGACCAAAAUGGAAUCGCAGUGUAAGGAGUUUAAAGUGAAGCUGCAAGAAGCUCAGAACCAAAGUAAGAUGCUGAAGCUGGAGUUCGAGAAAGUCCAGAAGCGGAUGGGACAGAUGGAGAAGCUCGAAGGGAUUUUUAACAAGAGCAAAACCGAAAGUCUCCAGCUGUGUUCCAAUUUGGAGAAAGAGAAACAGAACGUGAAAGAAUUGUCCGUGGAGCUGGAGGCCGUGAAGGCGAAAGUGAAGGAGCUGCAGUCCGCCGAGGCCAAGUUCGAGAAGACCGAGAAGUUUCUAAAAGACGACAUCGCGAAACUCAAAUCGCUCGCGGUGAUCAUGGCCGACGAACGAAAGAAUUUGACGGAGAGGUUGAAAACGGAAGAGGAAAAAUGCGAAGAGCUCAGCGGGAAAUUUAAAGAGGAACAAGCUAAAGUUUCGGAAGUUACGGAAAAGCUGAUCGAGGAGAGUAAAAAGUGGCUGAAGGUGAAGUCGGAGAUGGAGGAACGAGUGGCGGAGAUGCAGAGGCAGCUGACGAGCGAGCAGGAGAAAAGCAAGCAGCUGAACGCCAACCUGACGAACGCCAACGCCAAGAGCGAAGAUCUGGAAAAAAGAGAGAAGGAUUUGCAAAAUAAGUUGGCGGUGAGCGAGCGAAACCUCCAGGAAAAAGGUCAAAUCUCAGAGGAGUUCAGCUUGGAAAUCAACAAACUCCGGAGUCGGCUGAAGCGUUUGGAGAUCGUGGAGGGAGACCUGAUGAAGACGGGAGACGAGUACGACCUGCUGGAGAAACGUUUCCGGUCGGAGCAGGAAAAGUCGAACUCUCUGGCGAAAACGAUGGAGGAGCUGAAGGCGGAGGUGGCCCGGAGCAAAGCCAUAGAGAAAGGAGAGGCGGAGACGGAGCUGAGGAUGCGGUUCAGAGCGGAGGAGGAGAGGAACGAGGAGCUGAGGGCGGAGAACGUGACGCUGAAGGAGAAGGUCCACGAGCUGAUGAACCUGGAGGACAGGAUCUCGCAGCUGCAGGUGGAACACGCCGGGAUGAAGAGGAGGCUCAGGGAGGAAGAGGAGAGGAACGCGCAGAGGAACGAGGAGUUUGAGAAGGUCACACAGGAGCUGGAGAGCAUGAGGAGGUUGAGUCGCGUGUCGAGGCCGUGCGUGAGCGGGCGCCGCAUGGUGGACGUCCCCGUGACCUCCAGCGCCACGCAGACCCAGUGGACCGACGACGACACCGCCGCCGGCUUCAUCAGGAAGUCGGUGCAGGAGGAGAACAGCUUCAUGAACCACCUGCGGCAGAGACGGGCCCGGCCGGUGCUGGAGCGAUUCCCGCCGGCGAGCGCCCAGACCGGACACAGCGACACCUGGAGCCCCUGGAUCCGACACGGAACUAAAGAACCGAACUCACGGAACAGCCCCCUGCACAUCCGCUUCACCCCCAACACCGAGAGCAGCCGAGCGACGCUGGAGAUCACCAGCCCCAGAUCCGAGGACUUCUUCUCCAGCGCCACCAUCAUUCCGACUUUGGGAAAUCCGAAAAUCACCAUCGUCCCGAAACCGGCGCCGUUCGGGAGCGGCCGGGUGAGGGACGGCUUCGAGCGGGCGCAGUCUCCCGUCACCAUCACCACCGUCUCCAAGGCCCGGAAUCCGGAAAAAACCUCCGAAAGUUUCCCGUCCCCGGUGUCGAUCAUCACGGUGAGCACGACGCCGGUGAACGAGGUGAAAGAACCGGGGAAGACGGUGAUCAAGAUGCGCUCGGAGGCUCCGCAGUCCAAGUUCGGCGCGCAGGGGAGCAUCAUCACCACGGAAGACAACAAGAUCCACAUCCACCUGGGGGCGCCGCAGUUCGGACGGAGGGCGGCGGCGGCGGCGGCGGCAGAGGAGGCGGCGGCGGGGACGGUGCGGAGGGCGCCGAAAGUCCCGCCAAGUCCCGAGAAAGUCGCUCAGAAAAGUCCGGAGAAGAAGAGCAGCAGCAUCAUGAUCACGCCGACCAACGGGAACGUCAGGACGCCCCGGAACACGCCCGGUCCAGACUCGACCUCGAUGACCUCCCGACCUUUGACCCCGGGGACCGAAGUGCUUCCUGGGCCUGUCGUCCGUCACGCGCCUCGAGUCCAGAGCCGAGAGUCUGAAGAUCCACCUGAGGAAGUCCAGCGUGGGCCCCAACCCCAGAGGACAACUGUGACGGUCCGGGUUUAGACCUGGUUUAGACCGGGUUUAGACCUGGUUUAGA